AUGGCGUUUCGUAAUGAUGAAGAGCUUGAGCGGUACCUAAAUAAUAUGGUCGAGGAUGAUGAUAGUGAAACAGAGCCAUUAGAGGCGGAGGAGGCUUCUGAAAAUGAAGAUAACGUGUCCGUGCAUUCCGAACAAGACGACAUUAUUUCCGGCUCAGAUGAAGAUGAUGUGCCUUUGUCACAGCUUCGAGGGAGUGUUUUGAAAGGUAAGAAUGGACAUGUUUGGUCUACUUCUGCCCCAUCAUCAAGCAGAACACCUCAGCGUAACAUAGUAACCAUCCAAAGGUCUUCGCAAGUCCGUUCUAAUAUUGAAAUAGAAAAAGAAGCUGUUAUGAUUUUGUUCUCUAAACCUCUCGACAUAGUACUUACAUACACAGACCAAGUGCUCCCAAAUAGAAAGACCAACGUUUUACUCAUAAAACAGACAAAACAGAGAUCGAGGCACUCAUAG